GUGUUAGGCCACAAAUUGCUGAUUAUGUGCCGCAAUUUUACGCUUCAUUGAUUGGAAGUUGUUGGGAAAAUUAUAACAAAGAUAUUAAAGAUAUAAGAGAUGAUAAAAUUAAACAGGCUAUAAUACAAUUUCGAAAUUCUGAUAAGGAACUUCAAAAAAUUUCUAUUCAACCAACAGUACAACAUUCGGAGGCAUACUUCACAAGUCGAACUAUUAACUUAUCUGAAACAAAUCGUAUUAUUACAGGAUUAAAGAAAAUGAAGAAAGUGAUUAUAAAUUAUUCAGUGAAACACAAAUAG